AAUGGGAAGGGCUCCAAGCCAAGGCUGAUCCCCGAGAGGGAACAGUAGGACACUGAAACCUGACAGAGCCAGGGGCCUCAAGGGGACCCAGGCCUCCAUUAAUUUUUCAAGCUUUCAUUGAGCCACAUCCACUCUCAGGGGCUGGUCAUGGGCAUCAGGGCGUGUCACAGCAGGCCUUCAAGGAGCAGCCCACUGGCUGGCCUCAGACACAGGGUGUACUCAGAGGUAAAACCAAACGAUGAAAGGAAGGAUACUCUGUCUACUGGAUCCCUUCUAGGAUCCAGCCCUGGACCUAGUAUUUUCCCAUGUCUUGAUCCUGUCAGGGGCAGGAGUUAUGGUAAGUCCCACAUUAGAGAAAAGGACCACCAUACAGCACAGCUCCUAGAGGGUGUUAUUGCUAUACCCACUCAUUCAGUGAACAGUCUUUUCCUGGGGCACCUGGGUGGCUCAGUGGGUGGAGCUUGUGACUCUUAUUCUUGGGUUUUGAGUUCAAGCCCCACAUUGGGUGUAGAGAUUACUUUUUAAGGGGGGUGGGGCACCUGGAUGGCUCAGUCGUUAAGCAUCUGCCUUUGGCUCAGGUCAUGAUUCCAGGGUCCUGGGUUUGAGCCCUACAUUGGGCUCCCUGCUCAGCAGGAAGCCUGCUUUCCCUCUCCCACUCCCCCUGCUCCUGUUCCUGCUCUCGCUCUCUCCUGCUGUCAAACAAAAAUAAAAUCUUUACACACACACACCAAAGCCCUUAGCUGUAUGGCAGCUCUCACCCCUGGCCCUGCUGCCUGUCUGGCACCCUAACUGCUGACUCUCAGUGUAUAUGUUCCAUGUCCUUCAUGCCUUGCACAGGCCUGGUACACACUUGCUUGCACUCCAGUGCUUGCUGUUGACAUGGAUGGCCCAGUAAUGGACACUUAAUUGCAGAGGGCAGGGGUCUCUCCAGAAUGCUCCUAGAUGGCCCUGAGGGUCUUGGGAAGAGGACCAGGGAAGAGGACUGCAGAGGUCACAUACUGUCCAGUCCACAAGCUUCAGGUUCACAAGUUGGCACUCAGAUCCUUUUUUUUUUUUUUUUAAUUGACUUUAAGGAACAGAAGGUUUGGCCAAUUUCCUCAAAGUUGCUGGCUUCUCCCCAGCAGCAGAGGGUGGGGGGUAGAGGUCAGGGUGGUGCAGGCAGGAUCCAUUACAUAGGCUAAAUCAGGAACUAGAAGGAAUUGCUCUGUGCCAGGUCUGUUGCCAGAGAGGAUGGUUAUCUUUCCAGGAAAGACUGAGGAAAUCCUUAGCAGAGCCGUUGGUUUUCUACCUUGGGGAAAAGGUCUGGGGCAGGCUGAGGGGCGUGGGGAAGGAUUAAUCCAGGGGAGAGUGGGAAGAAGUUGGACAGGAGAGUUAAUCCCAGGGGGGUAAGGGAGUUGACAGUAAACUGUGAAUAGACCCACCCAGGUGGAGGCAGCUGCUUCCCCUCCCCCACCUCCCUUCCCACCCCCCUCUGGGGUUCCCCAUUGUUACCAGAGACAACAUCCUGUUUCCCUUACUUGCCUCACUAGCCCAGGCCCUGGAUCCCCUCACUCUGCUGGUGUGGGGGAGGGGAGUUGGGGAUGGAAGAUGGGGGAUGGGGCAAGCCUCAGGCCCCAGGUCCAGAGCUCAGGGAUCUCAGUUUCCAGGGUGGAAACUGAGGUUGGAGGGAUCACAGCAGUGGCUUAUGUGAGCCAGUGCUUGGUUGGAACUCCAUGGUGCCCUCAAAAUUACACACUUCAGGGGAUCGCAGAGGGAACCACUGAGGUCUGACUUCCUCUUCCUUGGGUUCCUAUGUCCGGUUCCCCCUCUCCCAAAGGCUCUCUAGCUGUUAUAGCAAGUACGGUUCUCACAUCUUAGAAGUGUAUUCAGAUCAAUGGAGCUCUGGGGAUCUGCCACACAGGCUCUGGACAAGCAGGCCUGAGUCUGGGUCACAUCACAGAACCUCUUCAGAUCUAUUCUUACAUUGCUUAUUGCUAAGCAGUGAGGACACAGCAGCAGUUAAAACAGAGAUAAGUCCCUACAGUCUUGUGGGGGAGGCAGUUAAGCAACAAGACAAGGAAGUAAAAUAAAAUAUAUAGCAUGUCAGAUAAUGACUUGCUGUGGAGAUAAGUAAAACAGGUUUAGAUGGGGAGGAGACAGAGGAGAUAGGGUGGAGGAGUAUAAUUUUAAACAGGAUGGAUAGGUAACAUAUAGGCAAAGACGUAAGGAGAUAAGAGGUAGAGCCAGGUGAAUACCUGGAGAAAGAGCCUUGUGCAAAGGAGCAACAGUAGGUGCAAAGGCCCUGAGGCAGAAAAUACAUCUGACAAAGGGGCGCCUCAGUAGCUCAGUGGGUUCUGUUCUCUGCUCAGGUCAUGAUCUCAGGGUCCUGGGAUUGAGUCCAGCAUCGGGUUCUCUGCCCAGCAGAGAGCUUGCUUCCCCCAACUCUCUGCCUGCCUCUCUGCCUACUUGUGAUCUCUGUCUGUCAAAUAAAUAAAUAAAUAAAAUCCUUGAAAAAGAAAAAGAAAAUAUAUCUGACACAGUUAAGGAAAAGCAAAGAAUCCAGUGUGGCUGGAGCAGAAUGACAGAGACAGGAUAGAAGUUGAGUCAGAAUGCUAAGGGAGGUCAGACCACCAAGGCCUUGUAGGUCAUAAUGAAAGGCUUUGGUUUUAACUCUGAGUGAGAUGGGAGCCCCCUGGAUAGUUUAUGCAGAAGGAAGACAGGAUGUGAUUUAUGUUUCAUAAAGACCAUUCUGGUCUCUAUACGGAAAAGAGAAACAGGUGUGGAAAAGAGAAAGGGGAACACCAGUUAACAGGCUACUACAAUAAUUCAGGUGAGGAAUGAUGAAUGCUCAGACAAGGGCAGUCAUGGCGACAUCAGUGAGGUAGUGAGAUUCUGAAUAUUUUGAAAGUAGUUACCAGGAUUUACUAAUAUGGGUAGUGAACCAUGAUGGGAAGAGAGAAGUCAAGAGAACAUCUAAGAUUUUGGCCAGAGGAACUAGAAAGUGGCAGUUGCCACUUACAGAGAUCUGAAGGCCUGAAGGAGGGGCAGGUCUGGGUGGAGAUCAUGCUGUUCAUUUAUCUGCUGUGUGACUCUGGGUAACUUGGUUUACCACUCUGGACCUCGGUAUCCUCAUCUUUACAAUGGUUAUAAUAAUGGCAAUGAAUUCACAGGAUCGGCAUGUGUGCAGACUCAGUGUAUGUCCCGCCCAUGCUCCAGGGAUGGCCCAUGGCCAACACAUCUGCUAGGGAAGCACCCGGAAGGAGAGGAACACUAUGUCAAUAAAUCUGUGCUCUAGCUCCUCUCCCCUGCUUCCUCCAGGCAGAAGUGGGACGGGCAUGUUUGAUAUUUAUGGGUUUUUUCUUCAAGGUCUUUGACAGUUUUAGACAUAGUCAUGGUACUAAUGGAGACUGGCGGUGGGAUGUGGAUAAAUGGAAUUCUCGAGGCUAUGAAGCUUCCAAAACACUUUGAUGGCCAUUAUCUCUUCUGAGUCCAGAAAGGCCAAAAGUAGACCCAUUUUAGGAAGUAGGAGGACGAGGUAUUUAAAAACAAAACCAACCCAGGCUGUCUGUGUAUCAAGAUAUCUCUGGGAACUUCACUUAAUCUUGGAGCAAAAGUGGGUAAAGAGGGUCCUAAAAUGAGUCUCCCUCUUCCUGUCCUAAGUGGGAGUGUCACCCUGCUGUGUCCAACUGAGCCCAGCUACCCAAUGGAGGGUGACCCCACUCCUCCACCCGCAGGAGACAGCCCACAGGUCCUGUUCUCCCUGUGCAGGCCCCUCUCAGCCAGAGUGUCUAGCCUGCAGCCUUCCUGCUUCUGCGGUUUGGGCAAGUAGAUCUCUCACAUUGCUCCAUUCCAGUUCCCCCACCCGUUAACUCCCACUUACUGAGUUAGUAGACUGAGUUAACAGAUGGGACUAGAGACCAGAAGAAUCGAUGUGACUAAGGUCAUAUCCUUAGAAAGUGCAGUCUGGGUUCUGUACCCAGCAGGAAGAAUUCCUGCAUCUGUUCCUUCCUCUUCUUCCAGCCCAGCUGCCUCUGCCCCUCAAUAUACCAGGUGCCAGAACACAGCUGUCUCUUCUUGGCUCCCCCCACCCAGGCAAGCUAUCCUAGGGUGGGACUGAGCUCAGUGGGGACAGUCUUGUAGUGUCCGGUGACACAGCAGUGUCCCUGCAGGCAAAUUCGGCCAGAGAUUCAUUCUGAACCACGGUUCUGACUGUCACUGACCCAGCCAUGCCCGCUCCACUGCUCCCACUGCUGCUGCGAACGCUGCUGUCCCGCCUGCUGCUGCCUGCCGCCCGCCUGGCCCGCCGGCACUUCCUGCCCCUGCUGCGCCGACUGGCCCGCCGCCUAGGCUCGCAGGAUGUUCGAGAGGCUUUGCUGGGCUGUGUGUUGCUCAUCCUCAGCCAGAGACACCCACCUGACGCCGAGGAGGCCUCCAGAGUAGCUGGCCAGGAGAGGCGGGAGAGGCUAGCUCCCCUCAAAUGAGGCCACGAUCCCUGACAUUGGCUGUAUCAUCGAAAGCCCUUCUUUUGGAGCAUGACAGUCCCAGCGCUGUCACACAGCGCAGCUACCCAGUGUGAGGAAGACACGGUGGGGGACUGAGCAUAAGAAGGGUCCGACUGGGAAUGCCUCCCCACUGCCAGCAGGAAUGACUGCAAAGAUACCCAGCAUCUAGUGGUCAUAAAACUGAUCAUUACCCCCUCCCUGAAUUCCUCCUCCAAGGACACCUUUCCUACUCACAUCUGAUUCUAGGGAAUGGAGGAAGAGACUCUCCUCCCCUAGCCCCAAAUGGUGACAUGAGGUCCAGGGAGGGACAGUGCUUACACAGGCAAAAAUGACAAUGUAUUUGAGAGGCAAGAUUUUAACCCAGACCGUUUGUCUUCCAGACUCAGGAUUUACCUUAAAGUAACAGGACCUUGGUUGCCUAGUGAGGCAGUCUUGCCUCAAGGCCCAGCAUGCAGCAGGUGCUCAAUAAACAUUUGUUGAUUGGA